CUAAUUCUGAAUCCCUCCAGUCUAGGAUGCUGCAUCAUUGACACCUGUCUUGCUUAGGAAAGGGAUUCUGACAGUAACACAAGACUCUAACUUCCGGUCAAACCAAAGAACAAAUAUCGGACGACUACCUUAUGGUGGCCCAUUGUCGAGAAACCUAAACAUCCAACCGGAACUAAUCCCAUCUCUAGCUCAGAUUGCCAGGGGUCACAUACCUGCAUAUAACCCAAUUUUCUCCCGUUUGGGUCCUUACUAAUCCCCUACAGUGACACAGUAGUUACAUCAUGAUUCAUGACCAAGUUUCCAAACUCACCUAUGAAAGCCUUCCUUGAUUCCAUACCCCGCAUCCUCGUCAAAUAUGAUAUAUGAGAGCUAUGCGAGACCGUUGUUCUUGGCAAUUCAGGAACGGUUCUUGGUAUAGAACAUUUAUCCACAUAGAGCAUCCCGUUUGAAGGUUAGCGUUGAAGUCCUAUAUAAUUCAAGAUGGUUCACCAACAUGGCGACGAGCAUGACAUCCCUCAUGAACAUCGGGUCCAUAGACACGGUGCCUGGCUACCCGCGGACCACCGUCUCCAACAUGAAUGGCUCAAAACGCAAAUCGACCAUGUCGACAAAGCUGGUGCAAAGGAGCUAAUCCCUGUCCUCCAAGACUUUAAGAGACUCAUCGAAGGAAAUUCGCGGAUCUACAUGUACUUCAACCAGAUGUGGGAGGAGAUCCCGCUCAAGAAGCCGUACGAUAAAGACCCGACUGGCACUAAGAGGCAGAUUCGCGAUUACCGGCAUAUGUUAGCCGUUCUCAACCAUAUCUUUACGCAAGCUCCUCAGUGGACUGAUGCUGCGUUUGGCGUUGGUAUGGUUGGUGUUCCUAUGGUGGGGAUCUUCGAUUAUGUGAUGGCUACACCUAGUGGCCAUGCUGCAUUUCUAGAUCCGGAGGUCAACAAGAUGAUUAAGAAGAUCCUGAAUGAAUGGGGCAAGUUCCUGAAAUCACCAAAAUCAGCCGAAGUCCUCGCGACCCACAAGCAAGGCUGGUUCUCAGAGCACGCCGUCAAAGACGUAAUGGACGUCGCCAACGCGCCACUCAGAACAUCCCACAGAUUCGAAGACAUGUACGUCUGCAAUCCCGCAGCCAAGUACUACGGCUACACCUCCUGGGACGAUUUCUUCACCCGCCAGCUCCGCGACACCGCGCGCCCCGUCGCCUCGCCCGACGACGACAACGUAAUCGCCAACGCGUGCGAGUCGAAAGUGUACAACGUCGCGCGGCACGCCAAGCUGCGCGACCGGUUCUGGAUCAAGAGCCAGCCGUACUCCGUCCUCGACAUGCUGGGCCACGAUCCCUUGGCCGCGCAAUUCGACGGCGCAACAGUGUACCAGGCCUUCCUGUCCGCGCUCUCGUACCACCGAUGGCACUCGCCCGUCUCAGGGCGCAUAGUGCGCGCCUUCGUCAAAGACGGGACGUACUUCAGCGAGCCUCUGUUCGAGGGGCCGGCGGGCGGGUACGCGGGAGCGGGAGAAAAAGGCGCGGGCGCGGGCUCGGACGAGAUCGACGUGCGCGGCAUCGGCGUCGCGCAGGGGUACCUGACGGCGCUGGCGACGCGGGCCGUCAUCUUCAUACAGGCGGACAACCCGGCGAUCGGGCUGAUGGCGUUCGUCGGCGUCGGCAUGGACGAGGUGAGCACGUGCGAGAUCACCGUCGCCCAGGGCCAGGCCGUGCGCAAGGGCGAGCAGCUCGGCAUGUUCCACUUCGGCGGCUCCUCGCACUGCCUGCUGUUCCGCGCCGGCGUGCCCGUCGACGGGUUCCCGGCCCUCGGAAGACAGGAGAAUGUGCCGGUUAGGUCGCAGGUUGCUGUUGUUGGGGGCGGUAGGUUCUAGGUAUAGGUACGAAGAAUAGGGAAAACAAAAAGGUGGUUGGGACGUACUAUGAGCUGGGGUAAUUUUUGAUGAGGUAUGAUCUGUUAUGCGGAUCUUGCGUAAACUAGGUAGAGUAUCUAGUAUUUAAGAAAAAACAUAAUAUAUAC